AUGAGCGUGAAGGCCUUUGAGCUCAUCCCUGCUGUGGAGAGGGAUCUCCUAAUGGGCGAUAAGGCUCGUAUCAACAUUGAAUGUAUCGAAUGUUGUGGAAAACAUUUGUAUGUGGGAACCAACGAUUGCUUCAUUCACCACUUCCUGCUCGACGAGGUUACUUCCGCCAAAGGAAGACCGAGCUACUCAGCUCAGAAACUGCUGCACAAAUACUUGGGCCUUAAGAAGCCAGUGGCUGAAUUGCGGGCUGCCUCAGCUUUGGAGCGUCUCAUAGUGCUUUGUGAUGGAAUUGUUUUCCUUGUCGACAUGGUCACUCUGGAAAAUGUGCCAUCAGCAGCCGGUGGUGGUGCCAGGAUUAGAGGUGUUACGACAUUCUGCAUUAAUGAGAAUCCUGUGAACGGUGAUCCAUUCUGCGUGGAGAUGGGUGUCCUUUCCUUAAAGCGUAGGACAGUGCAAAUUUACAUGGUUUAUGAAGACAGAGUGCAACUGGUCAAAGAAGUGAGCACACCAGAGCAACCCUGUGCUGUCAGUCUUGAUGGUUACUUUCUGUGCCUGGCGUUGGCAACUCAGUACAUGAUCCUAAACUACAAGACAGAAGCUGCCCAAGAUCUUUUCCCUUACAACAGUGAAGAGCGGAGACCCAUUGUAAAGAGGAUUGCCCGGGAGGAAUUUCUUUUGGCGGCACCGGGUGGUCUUGGAAUGUUCGCUAACGCGGAAGGAGCUUCUCAACGGGCCCCAGUCAACUGGUCUGAGAGUGUCAUUGGUGCAGCUGUGUGCUUCCCAUAUGUGGUGGCCUUGGAUGAGAGCUUCAUUACCAUUCACAGUAUGUUGGAUCAACAGCUGAAACAGACACUUUCGUUCAGGGAUGGAAACAUCCUCCAAGACUUUGAAGGCAAGGUGAUUGUGGCGUCCACCAAAGCUGUAUAUAUUCUGGUGGCCUUACCGCUGGAGAGACAGAUCCAGGAUUUGCUGGCCAGCCACAGAGUGGAGGAGGCACUUGUUCUCUUAGAGGGAGCACAAAUAAAUAUUCCUAAAGAAAAGUUCCUGGUUUUGCACAAAAGAAUCCUGCAGCAGGCAGGCUUCAUACAGUUUGGUAAACUUCAGUUUGUAGAAGCAAAAGAACAUUUCAGGAAAGGUCAGCUGGAUGUACGUGAGCUGAUUUCCCUCUACCCACUGCUACUGCCAGCUUCAUCCUCAUUCACACGCUGCCACCCGCCUCUUCAUGAGUUUGCAGAUCUCAACCACCUGGCACAAGGUGAUCAGGAAAAAAUAUUGAAAUGCAAGAAAUUCCUGAUCAGUUAUUUGACAGAGGUCCGAAGCACACAAGUACCUAACGGUUGCAGAGAAGAUGUAGACACUGUAUUGUUAAAGUUGUAUGCUGAACAGGAUCACGAGAGCCUCUUAGACCUACUAGUAUCAGACAACGCCUGCCUGCUCGCAGACUGUGUCCCAUGGCUGGAGAAAUAUCACAAGUAUUUUGCACUUGGGCUGCUUUACCAUUCUAAUGGUCAGGAUCUUGCAGCACUUCAGGUGUGGGUUCGUGUUGUAGACAAGGAACUGCAGGAUUCUACUAGACCUGAUCUGUUUGAGUACAUUGUAGAUUUUCUUUGCUACAAUGCCGAUCAGGACCUUGUGUGGAAGUAUGCAAACUGGGCCCUACACAAGAAUCCCACUGUAGCUGUCCACAUCUUCACAAACAGGUCUGUGGGUAAAGUCCAACCAGAACUUCAACCUAAAGAUGUCAUCACAUACCUUGAAAAGCACAGGGAGGCUCUUCUUCUCUACUUGGAACACCUGGUACUUGAAAGAAAAAUCCAGGAGGAGCAAUUUCACACACAUUUGGCAGUCUUAUACCUAGAAAGGGUCUUAUCUUUACUGUCAGACUCUCCAACUAAUGAAGAGAAGCUCAGCAAAAGCAGAGAGAAGCUCCAGUCUCUACUCAGGGUAUCAGAGCUGUACAGAGCUCAGUAUCUUUUAGGUAAGAUGGAUAACUGUGAACUGUUGCUGCUGGAGCGUGCAACUCUAUACGGAAAACUGGGGGACCAUGAUAAAGCACUCCACAUUUUAGUACAUAAACUUAGAGACUUUAAAUCUGCGGAGGCCUUUUGUAUUUGGACCUCAUCUAAUCGGGAUUCUACUUACCGACAAAAGCUGUUCCACCUCCUCCUGGAGAUGUAUCUUGACAAAAGCGACACAGGGAAAUCCCCACCAACACUGUGCAAAGACAGUGGAGAUCUGGAAAUGGCAGCAGUCGAUCUCUUGAAUCGUCAUGGAGAGUUGUUUGAUCCAGUCCAUGUGCUGAGGACACUGCCAGAUGGCUGGUCGCUGCAGUUGCUUCGACCCUUUCUAAGCCGAACAAUUAGGGCCAGUAUGCAUGCCUCCCGUACGUCACAGAUUGCCCUUGGGCUUGCCCAUUCAGAACACCUUCAACUACUGCAGGACAAGUUGAAAGAAACAAAGAAGCCAAUUUCUGUGUCUGCAAAGAAAGGAUGCCACUUAUGCCACAACACCUUCAGUGACACUGACGUGGUGUGUUUGCCAGGUGGUGUGCCUGUCCACAAACACUGUGCCGCCCAAAGAAUAAGAGACUCCCCUACAAAGAGACAGUUGACUAACACCAGCAACCACACGUGA